GGGUGUUAUGACGUCAUGUUGCCGCGACAUCAGCCUCUGUGUAUGGCGCCAUCCACACAACGCGCAUGCUGUGUUUAGAGCGACUGCACUGCACGAGUGUUUUCAUCUCACCCGGUAUUAACAUAAUAAGCUGAAGCCUUAUCUAAUGGAUAUCCAGAGCGCAAGCUCGGUGGUGCUGCAGGCUUUGACCCAGGCCACUAGUCAGGACACAGCUGAGCUGAAGCCUGCAGAGGAGCAGCUUCGCCAAUGGGAGACCCAGCCUGGUUUUUAUUCAGUGCUUCUGAGCAUCUUCAAUAAUCACUUGCUGGAUGUCAACGUGAGAUGGCUAGCUGUCCUUUAUUUCAAGAACGGUAUCGAUCGCUACUGGCGACGAGUCGCACCUCACGCUCUCUCAGAGGAAGAGAAGUCAUCUCUCCGUGCUGGUCUCAUCACCAAUUUUAAUGAACCAAUUAACCAGAUUGCAACACAGAUCGCGGUGCUGAUCGCUAAAGUGGCACGUCUGGACUGUCCCCGACAGUGGCCUGAGCUGAUUCCUAUUUUGCUGGAGUCUGUGAAGGUUCAGGAUAGCCUGCAGCAGCACCGAGCCCUCCUCACCUUUUACCACGUUACCAAAACCCUGGCGUCCAAACGGCUCGCUACUGACAGGAGACUCUUUCAGGAUUUGGCAUCAAGCAUCUAUAGCUUUGCUUGCUCUCUAUGGAAUCAUCAUACAGACACAUUCCUUCAGCAGAUCUAUGCCGGAGACCAACAGACUGCUCUCAGCUCCCUGGAGCGUACUCUUCUCUCUCUGAAAGUUCUUCGGAAGUUGACCGUGCAUGGCUUUAUUGAACCAAAUAACAACAUGGAAGUCAUGGGCUUCCUCAAUGCCGUGUUUGAGAGACUAAAGCAGUUUUUAGAAUGCUGUCGGCAAGUUGGACCAGGCAGCCUUUGCAGGGAGAAGCUUGAGAAGACCAUCAUUUUGUACACCAAAGUUCUGCUGGAAUUUCUGGAAUAUCACCCAUGGCCUUUCAUACCUCUUAUUCAGCGCUCGCUGGAGUUCGCCGUCAGCUACGUGUUCACCGAGGCCGGGGACGGCGUUGUGUUCGAGCGCUUUAUUGUGCAGUGCAUGAACCUCAUCAAGAUGAUCGUUAAAAAUGAUGCCUACAAACCUGCCAAGAACAUUGAAGACAGUAAGCCGGAGAGCCUGGAGGCACAUAAAAUUAAGACGGCUUUCUUCACACACCAAACGUUGACAGAGAUUGGCAGGAGACUGGUUUCCAAAUACUUCUUGCUGACAGAAGAAGAGCUAACAAUGUGGGAAGAAGAUCCUGAGAGUUUUGCUGUUGAAGAGACGGGAGGCGACUCAUGGAAGUAUAGUUUGCGACCAUGCACAGAAGUGUUGUUCUUGGAUAUUUUCCACAACUAUAGUCAAACUUUGACUCCUGUGCUUCUGGAAAUGGUGCAGAAUCUUCAAGGCCCCAGCAAUGUGGAGGACCCCGUGCAGAUGCUCAUGAAAGAUGCAGUGUACAACGCUGUGGGAUUAGCAGCAUAUGAAUUGUUUGACAACGUGGACUUCGAUCAGUGGUUUAAGAAUCAACUCCUAGGAGAGCUACAAGUCAGCCACAACAGGUACAAGUUGAUCAGACGGCGGGUCAUCUGGCUCAUUGGACAGUGGAUCUCAGUGAAGUUUAAGCCAGAACUGCGGCCUCUUCUUUACGAGGUCAUUCUCAGUCUCAUGCAGGACCCUGAUCUUGUGGUUCGCAUUGAAACAGCCACAACACUAAAGCUGACCGUCGAUGACUUCGAGUUCAGAACCGAGCAGUUCUUACCGUACCUGGAAUCUAUAUUCAGUCUGUUAUUCCAGCUGUUGCAGCAGGUCAACGAAUGCGACACUAAAAUGCAAGUGCUUCACGUCAUCUCCUGCGUCAUUGAGAGAGUCAGCAACCAGAUCCGGCCGUAUGUGGGCUGCCUGGUUCAGUACCUUCCUUUUCUCUGGAAGCAGUCGGAAGAACACAACAUGCUCCGCUGUGCCAUCCUCACCACCCUCAUCCACCUCGUGCAGGGCCUGGGAGCAGAAAGCAAGAAUUUGUAUCCCUUCCUCUUACCUGUUAUCCAGCUCAGCACAGAUGUUUCACAGCCCCCUCAUGUUUACCUGCUGGAAGAUGGGCUAGAACUCUGGUUGGUAACAUUGGAGAACAGCCCUGCCAUCACCCCUGAGCUUCUUCGAGUCUUCCAGAAUAUGUCUGCCCUAAUCGAACUGAGCUCGGAGAAUGUGAGAACCUGCUUUCAGAUCAUCAAUGCCUACGUUUAUCUCUCACCUACAGAUUUCCUACAGAAUUAUGCCGAAGGCCUCUGCAGAUCUUUCUGUGAUCUGCUAAAAGACAUCACCACAGAAGGACAAGUCCAGGUUCUGAAGGUCAUUGAAAUUGCCAUAAAAGUAAGUCCUGUACUAGGCUCCCAUAUGUUUCAACCUCUUCUGCCGUCUGUGAUACGGGGAAUUGUUGAAGGAGAAAGGUACCCGGUGGUCAUGUCUACAUACCUGGGGGUGACGGGUCGCAUUCUCCUGCAGAAUUCAGGCUUUUUCACUUCUCUUCUCACACAGAUGGCUUCAGAGUUCAACCAGGAGGCGGACCAGCUCUUGGGAAACAUGAUUGAAAUGUGGGUAGACCGCAUGGACAACAUCACCCAACCAGAGAGGAGGAAGCUUUCUGCUCUGGCUCUCCUGUCACUUUUACCAUCUGAAAACAACGUGAUCCAGGACAAGUUCUGCGGGAUUGUUAACAUCAGCGUGGAGGCUCUGCACGAUGUAAUGACAGAAGACCCUGAGACCGGUACCUUUAAAGAUUGCAUGCUAAUGAGUCACUUUGAAGAGCCGAAGCUGUCAGACGAUGAGGAGCCUCCAACAGAACAGGACAAGAGGAAAAGACUGCUGGCUCUUGAGGACCCCGUGCACAGUGUCUCUCUUCAGCAGUUUGCCUACGAGAAGUUCAAAGCCCAGCAGAUGCUGAUGGGGGACCAGGGCUUCCAAGCGCUCAUGGAAACGGUGGACACAGAGAUCGUUAGACAGCUCCAGGAGUUUCUCCAGGGCAUGUGAGGAGACCAAGCAGACUGUUAAGAACGAUCUGACAGCAGAGAUGUUAACCAUUUAAAAAUGACAGAGAAAAACCGAGCUUCCAACACUUUAUUUUGCUUCCUCAAACACACGUAUUCAUAGUUUGAGAAGAUGCAGAGGAGAAUCGGCUGAAACCGAAGAAAAGGAAACACUGUAAAUGUAAGAAUAAAGCAAAGGAGCUGUUUUGAUGCCAAGUUUUUGUAAGGAGAAAAUAGCUCUGAUAUAGAGUUUUGAAAGAGUCAGGCAGUGUUUACACUGAGCCUUCAUAUAAGAGAGAUGUCAUUUUUGUAUUUAUGUAAGCUACACAGCAUGACCGCAUUGUUACUUUUCUCUUCUUGUGUGGCUUCUGCUCUAAAAUCAGAAUGUGAGGAAGUACAGAGAAGUCUGACAUUUUUUGAUCGAAGGUAUUUUCAUAACGGAUACACAGCGAAUUAAUAAUGGAUGAACUUUAUAAACUGUAUGUUUACUUACCCAUAACUAUAUUGCUGCUAAUACUCCUACACUGCACCUCUCAUAUGAGGUCUGAAGGAGACCAUGAGAACCAAAAACAUCAGUUGUUUAAUGAAAAGAAAAAUAUGGAUUUUAAUCACAUACAGUGCAAACUUUGAGUGCUGAUUCUUAUUGCCGUAGCAAGUUUUUUUUUUUUUUUUUUUAUUACACGUAUACGUUUGCAAAUGAGAUUUUUGGAUUGAAAAUCUUGUUUGAAAUGCAGUUAUACAGUAGAGCGAUUGUCACUGUGACUAAAUUUUGAAGAUAAAUAAAAGCCUUAUGCUUUAAGCCUUACAUUACUCAUCUGAUAUUGCAUUUCAUAUCUGUAAUGUCGUGCUGAUAUACGUUACGGCACAUUUCACUCAGUAGUUUUAUUUUGAUGUAUGAACCCUAUUUUUUCAUUGAUGCCGCUUCAAUAAAAUUCUGUAUGGACUGACAA